AGCUGUUCCCCGGAGCGGAAGUGGCCGGUGGCUUGCUAGAGUGAGGACCGCGUGUGCCCCAGCUCGAGCGGCUCUGGUGGGCGUAGGAAUGCGGACCCGGCCUCUCGAUUUUAACUCGGUUUGACAAUGAGCAAGCGCAGAAAGCGUCCAGCUCAGCAGCCAGCUUGCUUGGAGACCUUCAGCCCAGACGUUGUCAAUGACGUGUCUGAGCUCUUUGCCAAGAGCUUUUCCUACUGUAAGCCACUCGAUCAUGAGUGGCAGUUACCAGCUCCCACGGAGAGCUUCGCAUGUGAGCACCUCGGGUUCAGAGCUUUUCUAGACUUGAAGAACUCCCUGAAUGAAGUGAAAAACCUCUUGAGCGAUAAGAAGCUGGACGAGUGGCACAGGCACACGGCCUUCACCAACAAGGCAGGCAAAAUCAUCUCUCAUGUCAAAAAGGCUGUGAACGCGGAGCUCUGCACUCAGGCCUGGUGCAAAUUCCAGGAGAUCCUGUGCAGUUUCCCCCUUAUUCCGCAGGAAGCUUUUCAGAGUGGAAGACUGAAUUCUCUGCACCUAUGUGAAGCUCCGGGCGCCUUCAUCGCUAGCCUCAACCAUUACUUAAAGUCUCACCGGUUCCCCUGCGAAUGGAGUUGGGUGGCGAACAGCCUGAAUCCAUACCACGAGGCAAACGAUAAUCUUAGGAUGAUUACGGACGACCGGCUGAUGGCAAAUACCUUGCACUGCUGGUACUUCGGCCCAGAUAAUACCGGUGAUAUCAUGACCCUGAAAUAUCUGACUGGGCUUCAGGGCUUCCUCAGCACCAUGGCUCCCAUUCACUUGGUCACGGCUGAUGGCAGCUUCGAUUGCCAAGGAAACCCGGGCGAACAGGAAGCCUUGGUGUCUUCUUUGCAUUACUGCGAAGCUGUCACUGCUCUGACCACUCUUGGAAACGGCGGCUCUUUUGUUCUGAAGAUGUUUACGUUGUUUGAACAUUGUUCUGUGAACCUCAUGUACCUGCUAAAUUGUUCCUUUGACCAAGUUCAUGUUUUUAAACCUGCUACUAGCAAGGCGGGGAACUCAGAAGUCUAUGUGGUGUGUCUCCGCUAUAAAGGAAGAGAGGCUGUUCAUCCUUUGCUGUCGAGGAUGGUGUUGAACUUUGGCACUGACAUGACCAGGAAGGCGCUCUUUCCCCAUCAUGUGAUCCCCAAAUCUUUCCUUGAGCGACACGAAGAGUGUUGUACUUUCUUUCAUAGAUACCAAUUAGAGACUAUUUCUGAGAACAUUCGUCUUUUUGAGAGCAUGGGAACAGGGGAACAAGAGAAACUGAAUGAUCUAAGGGAUUGCGCUGUACAAUAUUUUAUGCAAAAAUUUCAACUGAAGCCUCUUUCAAGAAAUCACUGGCUCGUUAAAAAGUCCAAUAUUGGUUGCAGUACGAACACGAAAUGGUUUGGACAGAGAAACAAGUAUUUUAAAACCUAUAAUGAACGGAAGAUGCUGGAAACCCUUUCAUGGAAAGAUAAAGUAGCCAAAGGAUACUUCAAUAGUUGGGCAGAGGAACACACUGUCUAUCAGCCCGGGCAGAAUUCCCUCCUAGAAGGGACUGCUUCCAGUCUCGAGUACCACUCAUGGCAUGUCUUAGAAGGAAAGAAACUGCCGAAGGUCAAGUGUUCUCCUUUCUGUGAUGGUGAAAUUUUAAAGACUCUUAACGAAGCCAUUGAGAAGUCCUUAGAAGAAGCUUCGAGCGUGGAUUCCAAGGUCAGUUCCAAGCAGCAAUACCGCUGCUGUCCCGUCUUUUCAGAAGAGUCGGUAUUAUCCGAGUUGUUAAGCCUUACCAAGUGCCUUCAGGCUGAGCAGGGUGUAGAGCCCAGCAGUCCAAUCAAGUGCCUGCUUGUGGGUUCACCGACUGUCCGUGAUCUCCAAAUGCACACGCCACUGGAAGUCCAGCUUCUGGAAUCCGUCGAACUCACAGCCUUCAGCUGUUCCUUGCUUCACGAUGGUGACCCAGCAUACCAGCAUUUGUUCUUGGAUUGCCUGCUGCACUCACUGAAGCAGCUUCACACGGGAGAUGUCAUGAUUUUGCCCAUCCUUUCUUGCUUCACAAGAUUUAUGGCUGGCUUGACCUUUGUCCUCCACAGCUGUUUUAGAUUUAUCACAUUCUCUUGUCCCACGUCCUUGGAGCCCCUCAGGACCUGUGCCGUCUUGCUGUGCAUUGGUUAUCAGAACCUUCCAGAUGCAGUUUUCCAGUUUCUGCAGGACGUUAACGACCUCUUGAGCACCCUGCUCCACCCCAGUGCCCCUCAGCAGGUUUUACAGUUGGUGCCAAUGGAGGUGCUCCUUCAGGGGACACUGCUUGACUUUUUGUGGGAGUUGAAUGCCGCCAUUGCUAAAAGGCAUUUGCAUUUGAUUAUUCAAGGAGAGAGAGACCAAGUCGUCAGCAGCCUUGAGUUAUAAAAUUGAACAUGGCAUUGAUGACGUGCUGCCAUUUUGACUCAACAGUUUCUGAUUUCAUUUUACCUGCCCUAUUUAUUUAAUAAUUUCCAGUUUGGAGAGACGCUAAUUUGUGUAUUAAAGGACAUUAAUUAUGGAAAGUUGUAGCUUGUUCUGAUCUGAAGGAUAUAUGACUCAUAGGCACAGUUUUUGUGUUAGGAGCCGUGCACUGAUGGUAUUCAGCCCCUAAUCAUAUGACAUCUGUAUGUGUUUGGGUGACCACACGCUUGCUUGCAUAUGCAGUUGAGUCGGUCUUAGCUGCAGAUUUGCACCAUGUGCCUUCAUUCAGACUUUUUCUCCAACUGAUUCCUCUCUUAGGCUGAUGCUUUUAAUGAUUGUUAGAGGUUAUUUAUUCAUGACAGGAAGUGAGUCACUCUCUGGCAUCACUGUUUACCUGGAAACACUUAGUAUGUUUGUGGAUUUCAGGGAUCUUAUAUACCAGAAUUCUUGAUAUGUGCCAUUUAUUGCCUUUUGAUUGGUGGCUCAAUUUUCUUCAAAUUGAAAUGAAAUACAGAUUUUUUUUGUAUGACUUUUGCUAGCUAUAACUCCAACUAAUAAGAAAGAACAGCUUUAAGCCAAAACCAAAGGUCAUUUUUGUACAGUGAAAAAUUGUGACUAGUACUCCUUUGUCAUGAAACGCUUCCUUCAGCAAUGUUGGCAUUUUUAAGGAAUGAUGAUUUUAAGGCUUGGUGUGCAGUCUUCUGUGGGUUACACUAGAGUGUGAUGGUCAUGGCGAAAUGUAACACUUCCAGAAUGAUGGAUAAACAAACUUAAUCUUUAUUGGUUUUUGUUUUUGUUUUUUAGUAUGAAAAUAGCACCUUACUAAGAUUAUCCAUGAGAUAGAUAUUUUAUCAAUUUCAUUUGAUUUUAUUGAGAAAUAUAUUUUAAUAAUAUAAUGAACUUUUCUA